AUGACUAUAUCAAUGUCCAUGACAAAAAUUAUAACCAUUGAAUGCGGUAAAGCGUCCGAUAAAAUAGUGUCUAUGCGAAUUGUGGGCGGCAGAAGGGCGCAGCCACACUCGUUUCCCUGGGCCGUAGCGAUACUCAAGAACAAUCGUAUGCACUGCGGGGGCUCCAUUAUGACCAACAGACAUGUCCUCAGUGCUGGACAUUGUUUUAAAUGGGAUAAUUUCCACGUCAUGAUAGUUCUCAUUGGUUUGGAUGACAUGGAUAAUUUGAAAAACGUCACUGAGAGAAAUAUAUCAAAAGUGGUAAUUCAUGAAGAUUUCACAUCAACAGCGGUGCGGGAUGUAAAUGAUAUAGCUAUAGCCACGCUUAAUUCACCAAUCGUAUUUGGGGAAACUGUUGUUCCUAUCUGCUUACCUGAACCAGGCUUAGACUUCGGCGGUUGGACUGGGACUAUUGUAGGGUGGGGUCGUGUCGGUGUAGAUAAAUCAUCCUCUAAAGUAUUGCUAAUGGCUAGUCUCAAGAUUCUUACUGACGAAAAAUGUAUGGAGUCUCAAUUAGCGCAACAUAUCAAGCCUACAAUGAUGUGUGCUUUUUCCAAAGGAAAGGACGGAUGUCAGGGUGAUAGCGGAGGGCCUUUAUUAGUGUUUGGGACAGAUGGCAGAUACAUGCAAGCAGGUAUAGUGUCCUGGGGUAUCGGUUGUGCAGAUCCCAGGUAUCCUGGAGUGUACACAAAAGUUAGUCACUAUAUUGAUUGGAUACAGCGACAUACAUCGGAUGGGGAUAAAUGUCAUUAG